GGAGGCCCAGGACAGAAAGUUCGGAUUCCGAAUGGGAGGGGGAGUCGAAGUGCUGAGCCACUGGGAGAUCAGGUUGGUUAAUGCAAACUGUGCGGAGGUGUUGGGCGAAGCGAUCGCCAAGCCUGCGCUUGGUUUCACCAAUGUAGAGCAGUUGACACCUAGAGCAGCAGAUGCAAUAGAUGAGGUUGGAGGAGGUGCAGGUGAACCUCUGCCACACCUGGAAAGACUGCUUGGGCCCUUGGAUGGAGUCAAGGGGGUAGGUAAAGUGACAAGUGUAGCAUUGGAAUUAUUAUAAAUAAAAUUCAUAUGGUUCACAAAUGUCCUGCUGUCCUCUCACAGGCAAACACAUCGAUGGUCACUUUGGAACCGUAACAAUGUGGUUAACUCUGAAGUGUGGGAUUCAAGAGAUAAAAUAGAAGCAUAAAGGAAUUUGGUUAAUAAAGCAAUAUUUCCAUUAUCAGUAAUAUUCAUUGAAGAAACCGUGAAUAGGUAGAAAAAGGUUUUAUUUAUGUCGUGUGCAUCAGGAAGACAUUCAUCAAUGGCCAUAAGUGCAAGAAGAAAAUUAGUAUUUCCUGCAAUGCCAUCAAGAACUAUCCAUGCGCUUUAUAUCUAAGGAAGUAACUUUAAGCGUUACAGCCAUUUCAACAUCGAGAUGGCAGCAGUCAAUCUGUGGAUAGUAGGUUCUGAGAAGCAACAAUGUGAUAUCAAGUCGUCAAGUACAGUUUAUUGUCAUAUGCACAAGAACGGUGAGGUACAGAUACAGUGAAAAUCGUGCUUGCAAUAUGGGUCGAACAUGCUGUUUUAAUGAUUGAGGGAUCUGUAUGGAUCGUUUAGGUCACCAUGUUAUAGGAGAGAUGCUGUCAAGCUGGAAAGGCUGCAGAGAAGAUUUAUGAGAAUGGUGCCAGGACUCGAUGGCCUGAGUUAUUGGGAGAGGUUGAGCAGGCAAGGACUUUAUUCCUGGGUGUGCAGGAGGAUGAGGGGUGAUCUUACAUAGGUGCACAAGAUUAAGAGGGGAAUAGAUCAAGUAAAUGCAGUUUUUUUGCCUAUAGUAGGAGAAUCGAGAACAAGAGAACAUAGGCUUAAGAUGAAGGGGGAGAAAGAUUUUAUAGGAUCCUGAGGGCCAACAUUUUUACCCAAAUGGUGGUAGGUGUAUGGAAGAAGCUGCUGGAGGAGGUAGUUGAGGCAGUUACUAUCACAACAUUUAAGAAACAUUUAGACAGGUGCAUGAAUAGCACGUUUAGAGGUAUAUGGCCCAAAUGUAGCAGGUGGGACGAGUGUAGAUGGGGCAUGUUAGUCGGCGUGGACAAAUUGGGCCAAAGGGCCUGUUUUCACGCUGUAUAACACUAAUUGCCGUCACAUUGAUCAAUGAGCCAUAUUCUCAAAUCAAAUACAAGACAAGGAAAGGACUUUUGUCGGUGACACAUAACCAGGCCAAGAAAGCAGAACUACUGACAAAGUCAGCAGCUUGUCAGAUCCGAGAGCUUCCGCUCCGUAGGGCCAACAAAAUAUUUAUCUCCUCAGAGGGACUGUCUCCUGAAGACAUUAUGUUCAUCAGACAUUCGUUCGCCUUGGCAUAAAGCAAGACAAUUUGAGACCCACAACCAUCCCAACCAGUGGAAACAGCAGGCGGCAGCAAAGAAGAGAUGGCUCUGAACGAGACAGGAAGCUUCUUCAACUAUUCAAACAUUGCGGCAGAAGUCAAGUGUGCCCCAGAUCGUAGGAACAGCCAAGUGAUUUUCUCCAUACUUUACACCGUCCUUUUCAUCGCUGGCCUUCUGAUGAACAGCCUGGCUAUUUGGGUGUUCUUUGAAAUACCAAGCAAGUCAAUCUUCAUUGUGUACCUUAAGAAUACCGUCGUGGCCGAUGCACUAAUGAUACUGACUUUCCUGUUUAAGAUUAUCGUAGAGUCACGGUUCAGAACACCUGCGUUCCAAGUCUUUGUCUGUCAGGUUAGUUCAGUCAUCUUCUACAUGACUAUGUACAUUAGCAUCAUAUUCCUAGCACUGAUAAGCAUUGACCGCUACCAGAAGGCAGCAAAGCCAUUUGGCCGUUCUGCAUCGUGCAAACCCAGAACCGCAAAAAUUCUCUCGGCGUCCAUAUGGCUGUCUUUGUUUAUCUUGGCUUUGCCCAACAUGAUACUCUACAAGCGAAGUGCCAUCGCAACAAACGAACGCAAGUGUUCCUUACUCAAGACCGAGCUGGGCUUGAAGUGGCACGAAGUGGUGAACUUCAUCUGCCAGAUCAUCUUCUGGAGCAGCUUGGUGGUGAUAGUUGUCUGCUAUGCCCUGAUAAGCAGGGAACUUUAUAAAUCCUAUCAGAAAACGGGAGGCAGCUCCAAUCAAAGGAAGACGAUCAACCUCAAUGUUUUUCUUGUGCUGGCUGUGUUCUUUACCUGUUUUGUGCCCUUUCAUUUUGCCAGGAUCCCGUACACAUUGAGCCAAACCCGAGAUGCCUUCAAGUGCUCAGUUAGAAUUGCCCUGUACUACAUCAAGGAAACUACACUCAGCAUGAUAGCGUUAAAUGCUUGCCUCGAUCCAUUAAUUUACUUUUUUCUAUGUCGAUCAUUCAGGAACAUGCUGUUCAAAAAGCUGAGAUUCUGCAAAAAGAGACUGUCAAAGACACAGAAAAAUGUACACUCAAGUACGGACACUUCACUCUAGAUUACAAGUCGACGUAACAAGCCUUUACUUUAGACUUGGACUUUAGAUAUACAGCGUGAACACGGGCCCUUCCGCCCACCGAAUCUUCACCAACCAGCGAUCACCCCGCGCACUAGCACUAUCCUACGCAUUAGGGACAAUUUACAAUUUACAGAAGCCAAUUAACCUACAAUCCUGUAUGUCUUUGGAGUGUGGGAGGAAACCGGAGCCCCCAGAGGAAACCCACGCGGUCACAGGAGGAACGUGCAAACUCCGUACAAGACAGCACCUGUAGUAAAGGUCGAACCCUGGUGUCUGGCACUGUAAGGCAGCUACUGUACCGCUGUGCCACUGUGCUACCUUCAUUUAAAGUGGAGUUUAAUUUCACAUGCACAAAUACGCUGAGUUACAGGUACAAUGAAAAUCUUGCUUGCAGCAGCAUCACAGGCACAUAGACUCAGACCUCACACAAAAACAGAUUAUAAAUAAAUUGCACAUUAAUUCUACAAGGCAGUGACAAUAAAAAAGACUGCGCAGGAAAACAAGAUCUUUGUGCAAAAAUACACAAUAGAAAACAAGUCCAUGGUAGUGCAAGAGAUGGUCUGUGGUGUUCCAUUGCCGAGAUGGGAUUAGGUUGUGUGGAUCGGUUCAAGAGCCUGAGGUUGCAGCGACACAGUGGCACAGCGGUAGAGCUGCUGCCUUACAGCGCCAGAGACCCGGGUUCAAUCCUGACUACGGGUGCUGUCUGUACGGAGUUUGUACGUUCUGCCUGUGACCGUGUGGGUUUUCUCCCAUUGCUCCGGUUUCCCAGCACAUUCCGAUGACAUGCAGGUUUGUAGGUUUAUGUAAAUUGUCCCUCGUGUGUAGGAUAGAACUAGUGUGUGGGUGAUUGCUGUUUGACACACGGUCACGGUGGGUCAAUCAGCUUAUUUCCAUGCUGCAUCUCUAAAGUCUAGCGGCAGCAGUGAGGAGAGGGCAUGACCCAGAUGAUGGGGAUCCAGGGAAUAAAUGAUGCUUUCGUGAGGUAGCGCCUGGUGGAGAUACAUUCGAUGGUGGGGAGUGGUGUGGCUCUGCAGCCUCUUGGUGUUCCCGCGUGUUGGGAUUGCUGUAGUAGACCGAGGUGCUGGCACGUCCUCUUUGUGGUGACAUCUAUGUGCUGGGCCCAGGACAGUUCAUCCGAGAUGCUAAUACCCAGAACUGACGAAUUCCAAAUGUUCAUUCCAUCAUUCUUGUUACUUAACAAUCACAGGAUUGCAGAAAGGAUGUGGAGGCUUUGGAAAGGUCGCAGAGGGAGUUUACCAGAACGUUGCCUAGAUUAGGGGGUAUUAGGUUUAGGGAGAGGUUGGACAGACUUGGAUUAUUUGCUCUGGAAUGCUGGAGGUUGCGGGGAGACUUGAUAGAAGUGUAUAAAAUAAUGAGAGGGAUAGAUAGGGUAGAAAGUCAGAACCUUUCUUCCACAGGAUGGUAAAAUCAAAUACUAGAAGGCAUAGCUUUAGCACGAGUGAAGUUUAAAGGAGAUGAGCAGGGCAACUUUUUUUUUUACACAGAGUGUGGCGAGUGCCUGGAAUGUGCUGCCGGGGGUGAUGGUUGAGGCAGAUAUGAUAGUAGUAGUUAAGAGAUGUUUGCAUAGGCACAUGGACAUGCAGGGAAUGGAGGGAUAUGGAUUCUCUACAGGGAGAUAAGAGAUUGUCUUCGGCACAGACAUUGCAGGCCAAGGGACCCAUUCUUGUGCUAUACUAUACUCUGAGAGAUGGACAACAUGGUCAUUUAAACGCCCCACACAUGUAUCCACCUAGCUCUGGAUUUAACAUCCCAUAUGAAGCAUGACACCUCUAGCAAUACAGCACUGAAGUGGAAGUUUAUGUUAGACAGUGAAGAAUUAACCCCAAUCUUCUGAAUCAGAUGGAAUGCUAAUAAUUGACAUCUGACAGUAGGUUACAAGCAACGGGCAUCAUCUGUGGUUAUUCGCUGUAGGCAAACAAACUGUAUGGUCACCAAACAUACAUAAACAUCUACUGGGCGGCACGCUGGUGCACCGGUAGAGUUGCCGCCUUACAGCGACAGACACCCGGGUUCGAUCCUGACUACGGGUGCUGUCUGUACAGAGUUUGUACGUUCUCCCUUUGACCUGCUUGAGUUUUCUCCAGGUGCGCUGGUCUCCUCCCACUCUCCAAAGGCAAACAGGUUUGUAGGUUAAUUGGUUUCGGUAAAAUUGUAAAUUGGCCCUCGUGUGUGUAGGAUAGUGUUAAUGUGCGGGGAUCGCUGUUCGGAGCGGACCUUGUGGGCCAAAGGGCCUGUUUCCACGCUGUAUCUGUAAACUAAAUUAGACCAUAGGACAUGGAGCAGAAUUAGGCCACUCAGCCCAUUGAGUUGCAUGCACACAAGAUCCAAAACAUACUCCCAAAACUGCUACGGCGCAAAUAGAAAACAACAUUCAUUAAUAGGAAACAACAACACUCUGGCUUUGCCACAAAUGCUGGUGGUAGAAUCUCAAACCUCAAUUUGAUCACAUACAUCUCUAUGAUACCACAACACAAUCCAUCUGAGGAACGGUCUGGCCUCACAAAGGGAACUUCUUCACCCUCAGAACUUUGCAUGUUUAUCUCCAGCAUAAGAUCUGUUUAAAAUUGACGUUGCUCUCCAAAUCGCAGACUAAAUCUGUAGCUUUAUUGAUGUCAUAGAGUCGUAGUUACUACUUGACCACACCGACCAAAAAUGUCCCUUCUAAACUAGUCCCUCCUGCCUAUGUUUGGGCCGUAUCCUUCCAAUCCUGUCGUUUCCAUGUACUUGUCCAAAUGUUUCUUAAAGAUUAAGAUACCACCUGCCUCAACUACCUUCUCUGGCAGCUCGUUCCAUACACCCACCACCCACUGUGUGACAAAUGGUACCCCUCACGUUCCUAUUAAAUCUUUCCCCCCUCACCUUAAACCUAUGGUACCUGGUUCUUGAUUUCCCUACUAUGAGCAAGAGACUUGGCGCAUUUACCCGAUAUAUUCCUCUCGUGAUUUUGUACACAAUGCACACAUUGUACACAAAUGUCUUUAGCACAUUUAAAAUCUGACUAACUUACUGGCAUUCGUAAUGUGACUAUUAAAUAUGAUUAUACUGACUGAUCUUUCUGACACAUGUUCUAAAGAUGCUGGGUUGAAGACUUAACAUGAGGGGUUGCAAAGACUACUCAAGUUCCACAAAUCUGCACUGUUGGCUUUGAACAACUUAAAACAACUGCAAUAAUAUUAUUUACUAUUGACAUCCUGCAUUGUUUCUCUCAGUAACUAAUAUCAUCACACAUUUCGGACAAAAGGUCUUCUGUCAUAUACAUUAAUAUCUGCUACCUAACUCAGAAAAAAUGUUUAUAAACCCAUUGAUUGUUGACAUCUACUGUAAUUCUUAAUGCAAUUAAUUCAAUAAAAUGAAAGAUAUUUUAA